AUGCAGCAAGCAACCCAACAGGCACAGGAAUAUAACGAGCAGCAGGCACAGGAAUAUAACGAGCAGCAGGCACAGGAAUAUAACGAGCAGCAGGCACAGGAAUAUAACGAGCAGCAGGCACAGGAAUAUAACGAGCAGCAGGCACAGGAAUAUAACGAGCAGCAGGCACAGGAAUACAACGAGCAGCAGGCACAGGAAUAUAACGAGCAGCAGGCACAGGAAUAUAACGAGCAGCAGGCACAGGAAUACAACGAGCAGCAGGCACAGGAAUAUAACGAGCAGCAGGCACAGGAAUAUAACGAGCAGCAGGCACAGGAAUAUAACGAGCAGCAGGCACAGGAAUAUAACGAGCAGCAGGCACAGGAAUCUAACGAGCAGCAGGCACAGGAAUAUAACGAGCAGCAGGCACAGGAAUAUAACGAGCAGCAGGCACAGGAAUAUAACGAGCAGCAGGCACAGGAAUAUAACGAGCAGCAGGCACAGGAAUAUAACGAGCAGCAGGCACAGGAAUAUAACGAGCAGCAGGCACAGGAAUCUAACGAGCAGCAGGCACAGGAAUAUAACGAGCAGCAGGCACAGGAAUAUAACGAGCAGCAGGCACAGGAAUAUAACGAGCAGCAGGCACAGGAAUCUAACGAGCAGCAGGCACAGGAAUCUAACGAGCAGCAGGCACAGGAAUAUAACGAGCAGCAGGCACAGGAAUAUAACGAGCAGCAGGCACAGGAAUAUAACGAGCAGCAGGCACAGGAAUAUAACGAGCAGCAGGCACAGGAAUAUAACGAGCAGCAGGCACAGGAAUAUAACGAGCAGCAGGCACAGGAAUAUAACGAGCAGCAGGCACAGGAAUAUAACGAGCAGCAGGCACAGGAAUAUAACGAGCAGCAGGCACAGGAAUAUAACGAGCAGCAGGCACAGGAAUAUAACGAGCAGCAGGCACAGGAAUCUAACGAGCAGCAGGCACAGGAAUCUAACGAGCAGCAGGCACAGGAAUAUAACGAGCAGCAGACACAGGAAUAUAACGAGCAGCAGGCACAGGAAUAUAACGAGCAGCAGGCACAGGAAUAUAACGAGCAGCAGGCACAGGAAUAUAACGAGCAGCAGGCACAGGAAUAUAACGAGCAGCAGGCACAGGAAUAUAACGAGCAGCAGGCACAGGAAUAUAACGAGCAGCAGGCACAGGAAUAUAACGAGCAGCAGGCACAGGAAUCUAACGAGCAGCAGGCACAGGAAUCUAACGAGCAGCAGGCACAGGAAUAUAACGAGCAGCAGGCACAGGAAUAUAACGAGCAGCAGGCACAGGAAUAUAACGAGCAGCAGGCACAGGAAUAUAACGAGCAGCAGGCACAGGAAUAUAACGAGCAGCAGGCACAGGAAUAUAACGAGCAGCAGGCACAGGAAUAUAACGAGCAGCAGGCACAGGAAUAUAACGAGCAGCAGGCACAGGAAUAUAACGAGCAGCAGGCACAGGAAUAUAACGAGCAGCAGGCACAGGAAUAUAACGAGCAGCAGGCACAGGAAUCUAACGAGCAGCAGGCACAGGAAUCUAAUGAGGAAUAUAACGAGCAGCAGGCACGGGAAUAUAACGAGCAGCAGGCACAGGAAUAUAACGAGCAGCAGGCACAGGAAUCUAACGAGCAGCAGGCACAGGAAUAUAACGAGCAGCAGGCACAGGAAUAUAACGAGCAGCAGGCACAGGAAUCUAACGAGCAGCAGGCACAGGAAUAUAACGAGCAGCAGGCACAGGAAUCUAACGAGCAGCAGGCACAGGAAUCUAACGAGCAGCAGGCACAGGAAUAUAACGAGCAGCAGGCACAGGAAUAUAACGAGCAGCAGGCACAGGAAUAUAACGAGCAGCAGGCACAGGAAUAUAACGAGCAGCAGGCACAGGAAUAUAACGAGCAGCAGGCACAGGAAUAUAACGAGCAGCAGGCACAGGAAUAUAACGAGCAGCAGGCACAGGAAUAUAACGAGCAGCAGGCACAGGAAUAUAACGAGCAGCAGGCACAGGAAUAUAACGAGCAGCAGGCACAGGAAUAUAACGAGCAGCAGGCACAGGAAUCUAACGAGCAGCAGGCACAGGAAUCUAACGAGCAGCAGGCACAGGAAUAUAACGAGCAGCAGACACAGGAAUAUAACGAGCAGCAGGCACAGGAAUAUAACGAGCAGCAGGCACAGGAAUAUAACGAGCAGCAGGCACAGGAAUAUAACGAGCAGCAGGCACAGGAAUAUAACGAGCAGCAGGCACAGGAAUAUAACGAGCAGCAGGCACAGGAAUAUAACGAGCAGCAGGCACAGGAAUAUAACGAGCAGCAGGCACAGGAAUAUAACGAGCAGCAGGCACAGGAAUCUAACGAGCAGCAGGCACAGGAAUCUAACGAGCAGCAGGCACAGGAAUAUAACGAGCAGCAGGCACAGGAAUAUAACGAGCAGCAGGCACAGGAAUCUAACGAGCAGCAGGCACAGGAAUCUAAUGAGGAAUAUAACGAGCAGCAGGCACGGGAAUAUAACGAGCAGCAGGCACAGGAAUAUAACGAGCAGCAGGCACAGGAAUCUAACGAGCAGCAGGCACAGGAAUAUAACGAGCAGCAGGCACAGGAAUAUAACGAGCAGCAGGCACAGGAAUCUAACGAGCAGCAGGCACAGGAAUAUAACGAGCAGCAGGCACAGGAAUAUAACGAGCAGCAGGCACAGGAAUAUAACGAGCAGCAGGCACAGGAAUCUAACGAGCAGCAGGCACAGGAAUCUAACGAGCAGCAGGCACAGGAAUAUAACGAGCAGCAGGCACAGGAAUAUAACGAGCAGCAGGCACAGGAAUAUAACGAGCAGCAGGCACAGGAAUCUAACGAGCAGCAGGCACAGGAAUCUAACGAGCAGCAGGCACAGGAAUAUAACGAGCAGCAGACACAGGAAUAUAACGAGCAGCAGGCACAGGAAUAUAACGAGCAGCAGGCACAGGAAUAUAACGAGCAGCAGGCACAGGAAUAUAACGAGCAGCAGGCACAGGAAUAUAACGAGCAGCAGGCACAGGAAUAUAACGAGCAGCAGGCACAGGAAUAUAACGAGCAGCAGGCACAGGAAUAUAACGAGCAGCAGGCACAGGAAUAUAACGAGCAGCAGGCACAGGAAUCUAACGAGCAGCAGGCACAGGAAUCUAACGAGCAGCAGGCACAGGAAUAUAACGAGCAGCAGGCACAGGAAUAUAACGAGCAGCAGGCACAGGAAUAUAACGAGCAGCAGGCACAGGAAUAUAACGAGCAGCAGGCACAGGAAUAUAACGAGCAGCAGGCACAGGAAUAUAACGAGCAGCAGGCACAGGAAUAUAACGAGCAGCAGGCACAGGAAUAUAACGAGCAGCAGGCACAGGAAUAUAACGAGCAGCAGGCACAGGAAUCUAACGAGCAGCAGGCACAGGAAUCUAAUGAGGAAUAUAACGAGCAGCAGGCACGGGAAUAUAACGAGCAGCAGGCACAGGAAUAUAACGAGCAGCAGGCACAGGAAUCUAACGAGCAGCAGGCACAGGAAUAUAACGAGCAGCAGGCACAGGAAUAUAACGAGCAGCAGGCACAGGAAUCUAACGAGCAGCAGGCACAGGAAUAUAACGAGCAGCAGGCACAGGAAUAUAACGAGCAGCAGGCACAGGAAUAUAACGAGCAGCAGGCACAGGAAUAUAACGAGCAGCAGGCACAGGAAUCUAACGAGCAGCAGGCACAGGAAUCUAACGAGCAGCAGGCACAGGAAUAUAACGAGCAGCAGGCACAGGAAUAUAACGAGCAGCAGGCACAGGAAUCUAACGAGCAGCAGGCACAGGAAUAUAACGAGCAGCAGGCACAGGAAUAUAACGAGCAGCAGGCACAGGAAUAUAACGAGCAGCAGGCACAGGAAUAUAACGAGCAGCAGGCACAGGAAUCUAACGAGCAGCAGGCACAGGAAUAUAACGAGCAGCAGGCACAGGAAUAUAACGAGCAGCAGGCACAGGAAUAUAACGAGCAGCAGGCACAGGAAUAUAACGAGCAGCAGGCACAGGAAUAUAACGAGCAGCAGGCACAGGAAUAUAACGAGCAGCAGGCACAGGAAUAUAACGAGCAGCAGGCACAGGAAUACAACGAGCAGCAGGCACAGGAAUAUAACGAGCAGCAGGCACAGGAAUAUAACGAGCAGCAGGCACAGGAAUCUAACGAGCAGCAGGCACAGGAAUAUAACGAGCAGCAGGCAGAGGAAUCUAACGAGCAGCAGGCACAGGAAUAUAACGAGCAGCAGGCACAGGAAUCUAACGAGCAGCAGGCACAGGAAUAUAACGAGCAGCAGGCACAGGAAUAUAACGAGCAGCAGGCACAGGAAUAUAACGAGCAGCAGGCACAGGAAUAUAACGAGCAGCAGGCACAGGAAUAUAACGAGCAGCAGGCACAGGAAUAUAACGAGCAGCAGGCACAGGAAUAUAACGAGCAGCAGGCACAGGAAUAUAACGAGCAGCAGGCACAGGAAUAUAACGAGCAGCAGGCACAGGAAUAUAACGAGCAGCAGGCACAGGAAUAUAACGAGCAGCAGGCACAGGAAUCUAACGAGCAGCAGGCACAGGAAUCUAAUGAGGAAUAUAACGAGCAGCAGGCACAGGAAUAUAACGAGCAGCAGGCACAGGAAUAUAACGAGCAGCAGGCACAGGAAUCUAACAAGCAGCAGGCACAGGAAUAUAACGAGCAGCAGGCAGAGGAAUAUAACGAGCAGCAGGCACAGGAAUAUAACGAGCAGCAGGCACAGGAAUCUAACGAGCAGCAGGCACAGGAAUCUAACGAGCAGCAGGCACAGGAAUAUAACGAGCAGCAGGCACAGGAAUAUAACGAGCAGCAGGCACAGGAAUAUAACGAGCAGCAGGCACAGGAAUAUAACGAGCAGCAGGCACAGGAAUCUAACGAGCAGCAGGCACAGGAAUCUAACGAGCAGCAGGCACAGGAAUAUAACGAGCAGCAGGCACAGGAAUCUAACGAGCAGCAGGCACAGGAAUAUAACGAGCAGCAGGCACAGGAAUCUAACGAGCAGCAGGCACAGGAAUCUAACGAGCAGCAGGCACAGGAAUAUAACGAGCAGCAGGCACAGGAAUAUAACGAGCAGCAGGCACAGGAAUAUAACGAGCAGCAGGCACAGGAAUAUAACGAGCAGCAGGCACAGGAAUAUAACGAGCAGCAGGCACAGGAAUAUAACGAGCAGCAGGCACAGGAAUCUAACGAGCAGCAGGCACAGGAAUAUAACGAGCAGCAGGCACAGGAAUAUAACCAGCAGCAGGCACAGGAAUAUAACGAGCAGCAGGCACAGGAAUCUAACGAGCAGCAGGCACAGGAAUCUAACGAGCAGCAGGCACAGGAAUAUAACGAGCAGCAGGCACAGGAAUAUAACGAGCAGCAGGCACAGGAAUAUAACGAGCAGCAGGCACAGGAAUAUAACGAGCAGCAGGCACAGGAAUAUAACGAGCAGCAGGCACAGGAAUAUAACGAGCAGCAGGCACAGGAAUAUAACGAGCAGCAGGCACAGGAAUCUAACGAGCAGCAGGCACAGGAAUAUAACGAGCAGCAGGCACAGGAAUAUAACGAGCAGCAGGCACAGGAAUAUAACGAGCAGCAGGCACAGGAAUCUAACGAGCAGCAGGCACAGGACUCUAACGAGCAGCAGGCACAGGAAUAUAACGAGCAGCAGGCACAGGAAUAUAACGAGCAGCAGGCACAGGAAUAUAACGAGCAGCAGGCACAGGAAUAUAACGAGCAGCAGGCACAGGAAUAUAACGAGCAGCAGGCACAGGAAUAUAACGAGCAGCAGGCACAGGAAUAUAACGAGCAGCAGGCACAGGAAUCUAACGAGCAGCAGGCACAGGAAUAUAACGAGCAGCAGGCACAGGAAUAUAACGAGCAGCAGGCACAGGAAUAUAACGAGCAGCAGGCACAGGAAUCUAACGAGCAGCAGGCACAGGAAUCUAACGAGCAGCAGGCACAGGAAUAUAACGAGCAGCAGGCACAGGAAUAUAACGAGCAGCAGGCACAGGAAUCUAACGAGCAGCAGGCACAGGAAUAUAACGAGCAGCAGGCACAGGAAUAUAACGAGCAGCAGGCACAGGAAUAUAACGAGCAGCAGGCACAGGAAUAUAACGAGCAGCAGGCACAGGAAUCUAACGAGCAGCAGGCACAGGAAUAUAACGAGCAGCAGGCACAGGAAUAUAACGAGCAGCAGGCACAGGAAUAUAACGAGCAGCAGGCACAGGAAUAUAACGAGCAGCAGGCACAGGAAUCUAACGAGCAGCAGGCACAGGAAUAUAACGAGCAGCAGGCACAGGAAUAUAACGAGCAGCAGGCACAGGAAUACAACGAGCAGCAGGCACAGGAAUAUAACGAGCAGCAGGCACAGGAAUAUAACGAGCAGCAGGCACAGGAAUCUAACGAGCAGCAGGCACAGGAAUAUAACGAGCAGCAGGCAGAGGAAUCUAACGAGCAGCAGGCACAGGAAUAUAACGAGCAGCAGGCACAGGAAUAUAACGAGCAGCAGGCACAGGAAUAUAACGAGCAACAGGCACAGGAAUAUAACGAGCAGCAGGCACAGGAAUAUAACGAGCAGCAGGCACAGGAAUAUAACGAGCAGCAGGCACAGGAAUAUAACGAGCAGCAGGCACAGGAAUAUAACGAGCAGCAGGCACAGGAAUAUAACGAGCAGCAGGCACAGGAAUAUAACGAGCAGCAGGCACAGGAAUAUAACGAGCAGCAGGCACAGGAAUCUAACGAGCAGCAGGCACAGGAAUCUAAUGAGGAAUAUAACGAGCAGCAGGCACAGGAAUAUAACGAGCAGCAGGCACAGGAAUAUAACGAGCAGCAGGCACAGGAAUCUAACAAGCAGCAGGCACAGGAAUAUAACGAGCAGCAGGCAGAGGAAUAUAACGAGCAGCAGGCACAGGAAUAUAACGAGCAGCAGGCACAGGAAUCUAACGAGCAGCAGGCACAGGAAUCUAACGAGCAGCAGGCACAGGAAUAUAACGAGCAGCAGGCACAGGAAUAUAACGAGCAGCAGGCACAGGAAUAUAACGAGCAGCAGGCACAGGAAUAUAACGAGCAGCAGGCACAGGAAUCUAACGAGCAGCAGGCACAGGAAUCUAACGAGCAGCAGGCACAGGAAUAUAACGAGCAGCAGGCACAGGAAUCUAACGAGCAGCAGGCACAGGAAUAUAACGAGCAGCAGGCACAGGAAUAUAACGAGCAGCAGGCACAGGAAUAUAACGAGCAGCAGGCACAGGAAUCUAACGAGCAGCAGGCACAGGAAUCUAACGAGCAGCAGGCACAGGAAUAUAACGAGCAGCAGGCACAGGAAUAUAACGAGCAGCAGGCACAGGAAUAUAACGAGCAGCAGGCACAGGAAUCUAACGAGCAGCAGGCACAGGAAUAUAACGAGCAGCAGGCACAGGAAUAUAACGAGCAGCAGGCACAGGAAUAUAACGAGCAGCAGGCACAGGAAUAUAACGAGCAGCAGGCACAGGAAUAUAACGAGCAGCAGGCACAGGAAUAUAACGAGCAGCAGGCACAGGAAUAUAACGAGCAGCAGGCACAGGAAUAUAACGAGCAGCAGGCACAGGAAUAUAACGAGCAGCAGGCACAGGAAUAUAACGAGCAGCAGGCACAGGAAUCUAACGAGCAGCAGGCACAAGAAUCUAAUGAGGAAUAUAACGAGCAGCAGGCACAGGAAUAUAACGAGCAGCAGGCACAGGAAUAUAACGAGCAGCAGGCACAGGAAUCUAACAAGGAGCAGGCACAGGAAUAUAACGAGCAGCAGGCAGAGGAAUAUAACGAGCAGCAGGCACAGGAAUAUAACGAGCAGCAGGCACAGGAAUCUAACGAGCAGCAGGCACAGGACUCUAACGAGCAGCAGGCACAGGAAUAUAACGAGCAGCAGGCACAGGAAUAUAACGAGCAGCAGGCACAGGAAUAUAACGAGCAGCAGGCACAGGAAUAUAACGAGCAGCAGGCACAGGAAUAUAACGAGCAGCAGGCACAGGAAUAUAACGAGCAGCAGGCACAGGAAUAUAACGAGCAGCAGGCACAGGAAUCUAACGAGCAGCAGGCACAGGAAUAUAACGAGCAGCAGGCACAGGAAUAUAACGAGCAGCAGGCACAGGAAUAUAACGAGCAGCAGGCACAGGAAUCUAACGAGCAGCAGGCACAGGAAUCUAACGAGCAGCAGGCACAGGAAUAUAACGAGCAGCAGGCACAGGAAUAUAACGAGCAGCAGGCACAGGAAUCUAACGAGCAGCAGGCACAGGAAUAUAACGAGCAGCAGGCACAGGAAUAUAACGAGCAGCAGGCACAGGAAUAUAACGAGCAGCAGGCACAGGAAUAUAACGAGCAGCAGGCACAGGAAUCUAACGAGCAGCAGGCACAGGAAUAUAACGAGCAGCAGGCACAGGAAUAUAACGAGCAGCAGGCACAGGAAUAUAACGAGCAGCAGGCACAGGAAUAUAACGAGCAGCAGGCACAGGAAUCUAACGAGCAGCAGGCACAGGAAUAUAACGAGCAGCAGGCACAGGAAUAUAACGAGCAGCAGGCACAGGAAUACAACGAGCAGCAGGCACAGGAAUAUAACGAGCAGCAGGCACAGGAAUAUAACGAGCAGCAGGCACAGGAAUCUAACGAGCAGCAGGCACAGGAAUAUAACGAGCAGCAGGCAGAGGAAUCUAACGAGCAGCAGGCACAGGAAUAUAACGAGCAGCAGGCACAGGAAUAUAACGAGCAGCAGGCACAGGAAUAUAACGAGCAGCAGGCACAGGAAUAUAACGAGCAGCAGGCACAGGAAUAUAACGAGCAGCAGGCACAGGAAUAUAACGAGCAGCAGGCACAGGAAUAUAACGAGCAGCAGGCACAGGAAUAUAACGAGCAGCAGGCACAGGAAUAUAACGAGCAGCAGGCACAGGAAUAUAACGAGCAGCAGGCACAGGAAUAUAACGAGCAGCAGGCACAGGAAUCUAACGAGCAGCAGGCACAGGAAUCUAAUGAGGAAUAUAACGAGCAGCAGGCACAGGAAUAUAACGAGCAGCAGGCACAGGAAUAUAACGAGCAGCAGGCACAGGAAUCUAACAAGCAGCAGGCACAGGAAUAUAACGAGCAGCAGGCAGAGGAAUAUAACGAGCAGCAGGCACAGGAAUAUAACGAGCAGCAGGCACAGGAAUCUAACGAGCAGCAGGCACAGGAAUCUAACGAGCAGCAGGCACAGGAAUAUAACGAGCAGCAGGCACAGGAAUAUAACGAGCAGCAGGCACAGGAAUAUAACGAGCAGCAGGCACAGGAAUAUAACGAGCAGCAGGCACAGGAAUCUAACGAGCAGCAGGCACAGGAAUCUAACGAGCAGCAGGCACAGGAAUAUAACGAGCAGCAGGCACAGGAAUCUAACGAGCAGCAGGCACAGGAAUAUAACGAGCAGCAGGCACAGGAAUAUAACGAGCAGCAGGCACAGGAAUAUAACGAGCAGCAGGCACAGGAAUCUAACGAGCAGCAGGCACAGGAAUCUAACGAGCAGCAGGCACAGGAAUAUAACGAGCAGCAGGCACAGGAAUAUAACGAGCAGCAGGCACAGGAAUAUAACGAGCAGCAGGCACAGGAAUCUAACGAGCAGCAGGCACAGGAAUAUAACGAGCAGCAGGCACAGGAAUAUAACGAGCAGCAGGCACAGGAAUAUAACGAGCAGCAGGCACAGGAAUAUAACGAGCAGCAGGCACAGGAAUAUAACGAGCAGCAGGCACAGGAAUAUAACGAGCAGCAGGCACAGGAAUAUAACGAGCAGCAGGCACAGGAAUAUAACGAGCAGCAGGCACAGGAAUAUAACGAGCAGCAGGCACAGGAAUAUAACGAGCAGCAGGCACAGGAAUAUAACGAGCAGCAGGCACAGGAAUAUAACGAGCAGCAGGCACAGGAAUCUAACGAGCAGCAGGCACAGGAAUCUAAUGAGGAAUAUAACGAGCAGCAGGCACAGGAAUAUAACGAGCAGCAGGCACAGGAAUAUAACGAGCAGCAGGCACAGGAAUAUAACAAGCAGCAGGCACAGGAAUAUAACGAGCAGCAGGCAGAGGAAUAUAACGAGCAGCAGGCACAGGAAUAUAACGAGCAGCAGGCACAGGAAUCUAACGAGCAGCAGGCACAGGAAUCUAACGAGCAGCAGGCACAGGAAUAUAACGAGCAGCAGGCACAGGAAUAUAACGAGCAGCAGGCACAGGAAUAUAACGAGCAGCAGGCACAGGAAUAUAACGAGCAGCAGGCACAGGAAUCUAACGAGCAGCAGGCACAGGAAUCUAACGAGCAGCAGGCACAGGAAUAUAACGAGCAGCAGGCACAGGAAUCUAACGAGCAGCAGGCACAGGAAUAUAACGAGCAGCAGGCACAGGAAUCUAACGAGCAGCAGGCACAGGAAUAUAACGAGCAGCAGGCACAGGAAUAUAACGAACGAGCAGCAGGCACAGGAAUAUAA